AGCACUUACGAGUCCUGGCCUGUAGACAUUUUUUACCCGAAACUCCCUGAAUAAAUUGUUUUAUCCUUCUAAGUAAUAGGAUAGUAGCUUCUGGAUGAGAUGUUCGCUGUUGCUUUCUUCAUCUUGUCUUUGAUGGUUUGUCUGCCUGGGGUAACCGUGCAAGAAAAGGUGAACCGGAGAGUAAGCCGGGCUGAUCAAAGUUUCACCCCCACCGCAGUUCCCUGCCAGCUGAGCAACUGGUCGGAGUGGACAGGUUGUUUUCCAUGCCAGAACAUGAAGUACCGAUACAGGAGCCUCCUGCAACCAAACAAGUUUGGGGGAACCAUCUGCAGUGGUGAUAUCUGGGAUCAAGCCAGCUGUCAAAGUCCCACAGCUUGUCUAAAGCAAGCACAGUGUGGACAGGAUUUCCAGUGUAAGGAGACAGGUCGCUGCCUGCAACGCCACCUGGUGUGUAACGGAGACAGAGACUGCCUUGAUGGCUCUGACGAGGAUGACUGUGAAGAUGUUAGGGGCAUUGAAAAUGACUGCAGCCAGUACCUCCCAAUUCCGGGAUCAGAGAGGGUGGCCUUGGGGUAUAAUAUCCUGACCCAGGAAUAUGUCCAGAGUGUGUAUGAUGCCACUUAUUUUGGGGGCCAGUGUGAGACGGUUUACAACGGGGAUUGGAGGGAGCUUCGAUAUGACCCUGCCUGCGAGCGUCUCUACUAUGGAGAUGAUGAGAAAUACUUCCGGAAACCCUACAACAUUCUCAAGUACCAUUUUGAAGCCCUGGCUGAUACUGGAAUCUCCUCAGAGUUGUAUGAUGAUGCAAAUGAUGUUCUUUCUAAAAUAAAAAAUGAACAUUCUGCGUCGUUUGGCUUGACCGUUGGCAUAGGUGUUACAGGCGUCCCUGUAACAGUGGAUGCAGGUGUGUCUGCGUCAGAAGACUCUGCGUUCUUGAACAAGUUAAAGAAGUAUAAUGAGAAGAGAUUCAGCUUCUUGAGAAUUUUCACAAAGGUGCAGACUGCUCAUUUCAAGAUGAGGAGGAACAAUAUUGUGCUAGACGAAGGAAUGAUGCAGUCACUAGUGGAGCUGCCAGAGCAGUACAAUUACGGCAUGUACGCCAAGUUCAUCAAUGACUACGGCACCCAUUACAUCACGUCUGGAUCAAUGGGUGGUAUUUAUGAACAUAUCCUGGUGCUUGACAAAGAACAAAUGGAAUCACUUGGUGUUAACAGCCACGAUGUCAAGAGAUGCUUUGGAGGCUCCCUCGGCCUUGGAUAUGAUUUUAAGAAUGAAUUUGAAAUUGGUGGAAGUAUAUCAGGGGAAAGAUGUAGAAAAUUUGGAUCUGGCAAAAGAGAUGGCAAGGAGAAUUCCAUGGCUGUGGAAGACAUCAUUUCUCGGGUGAAAGGUGGCAAUUCUGGCCCAGUUGGUGUCUUGACCCAAAACAGUAGCAUCGUUACGUACCGUUCCUGGGGGAGAUCAUUAAAGUAUAAUCCUGUUGUUAUCGAUUUUGAGGUGCAGCCCAUCCAUGAGCUGCUGCGGCACACGAAUAUGGGUCCCCUGGAGGCCAAACGCCAGAACCUACGCAAGGCCUUGGACCAGUACCUGCUGGAGUUCAAUGCCUGCCGCUGUGGGCCCUGCUUCAACAAAGGGGAGCCCAUCCUUGAGGGCACCAGCUGCAGAUGCCAGUGCCCCCUGGGUCGCCAGGGCCCUGCCUGUGAGAAAAUGGUGCAAGAAGGAGUCAAGGCAGCUGGUCACUGGAGCUGCUGGAGCCCCUGGUCUGCAUGCAGAGCUGGCACCCGGGAAAGGAGGAGAGAGUGCAACAACCCUGCACCCCAAAAUGGAGGCGCCUCGUGUCCAGGACACAAAGUGCAGACUCGGGCUUGCUGAGGGCUUCUGGGAACAGGCUGAGACAGAUGCAGAGGAUGUCACCACCUACACUGGCUACUGGAUAAACAUCUAUUUCUGCUGAGAGAAAAUGCAAAUCAACAUUUCUCUUUGUCCUGCCAGUUCCCAGGCCUGGGACCAGGCUGUGCCAUCUAUAACCCACUGUUUCACCACCCAUAAAACGCAAUCAUUCAUUCAGCAGCUGCUCGUUGAGUAUUAAUUAGGAUCUGAGUCCUAUUCUUGGCACUUUGGAGCAUCCAAAACACCUGAGGAGAAAACUCAAUACUUGUCUUAGAGAAACUUAUAGGCUGUUAGAAGGCCAAGGCUCUUGAAAUAAUCAAUCACUAAAAAAAUGUAUGAUGACAAUUAUCUUAGUUCUUUUAUAACAAUAUUUGUUCAUUCAUAGAAAUGUCAUUACUUGAUAGGAUAAGACAGACACAUUGAAAUAAUGAGAAAAAAAUAAAGAUUUAUUUGAGUUCCUU